AUGGCUAAUAAUCCAGCUGAUGAUGAAGAAUAUAAUGAAUAUAAAAUUUUAGUUGUUGGUGAUAUCGGUACUGGCAAAACCUCAAUUACCAGGAGUUUGGUUUACGAUACUUUCUCUAAGCGCUAUAAUCCAACAAUUGGUGUCGAUUUUGGUUUAAAGGUUAUCAACUGGGAUCCAAAAACUGAAGUUAGAUUACAACUUUGGGAUAUUUCAGGUUCAGAAAGAUUAUCGAUCAAGUCACAAAUGACAAGAGUUUAUUACAAUAAUGCAGUUGGUGCUAUGAUUACUUUUGAUGUUACCGGAAUGAGUACAUUCAAAGGAGCUGCUAUAUGGAAAGCUGGUAUCGAUCAAGUCACAAAUGACUCAAAAGUAAAACCAAUUCCAGUUGUUUUAUUAGCAAAUAAAUGGGAUUUAGUUAAUGAAGGUAAAGAUUCUUUCAUUAAAACUGAAAAUGAUAUGGAUAAAUAUUGCAAAGAUAAUGGUUUCAUUGGAUGGUUUAAAAUUUCUGCAAAAGAUAAUAUGAAUAUUGAAAAAGCUGCUCGUUUCUUAGUCGAUCACAUUUUAAAGAAUGACAACCCCACAUUAUAA